CUCGUGCACGUGAACAGGAACCUUGCGUUUAUUCAGCCCAGGCUAUAGGCGACGGUUAUAUAUAUCCCAGUCAGAGAGAUCGGUUUCGCCGACUAGAUUCGACGCGAGUUCAGCAUAAAUCGGCCAGAGCAGCGCCGACGAUAGAAUAUCUGUGUACGACCGUGCUUCACACACUGGCACGACUGGGAGUCACCGACUCUCACCUACAGGACCGAAAACAGAACAACAUAAGUCGCGAAAUUUAACGGAAACCCGGUCUGGAAACGUUUGGAAAACAAUGUUGCUCCUUUGGUAUUUUUUCCUCAAAUUUUGAGCUAUAUUCCUCAGGCUGUGCUGACAGUCUUCUUUUAGGCAGCGGCUCACCCCGGAAGGGGGGCUUGCGAAACUCGUCGAGCUUUAUUACCAGAGACGCAAGUCUUUGGCAAAAUAUACAUGGUAGGCGCGUCUGAAGAAAAAAAUCGUCGCACUCUUUGCUUAUAAAAAGUCAAACUCAAGUUUCUGAAAGACCAUUCAGGCGUCGUAUAUUUAGGUGUCAGUAAGGAAAUAAUGUGUGUUUCAUUCGAGUUAUACAACAUCCUUUACUGGCACCAGAUCCCUAGCAAAUGAGUCUAAAAGUGGACUAAAGGGAAAUAUGCAACUUGGGUAACUGACGCCCCAUGUUUAUAAAACCUCCGUAUUUCCAUUGGGGUAGCAAUUAUCUUUUGAGCAGCGAUGAGCGAAGAAGUACCGAGCCCUCCCCGACCCGAGAGCAACUUAAACGCAAUGCAUAAAGAAGUCAUGAUGACUUACUGCUUUGAAUCGAGACACCAGUCUGCCCUGGGCGGUCAGUCCCCAGAAGAGGUGGUCCUUACUAAUCAGUAUAUACCUUUAAGUAUUGCUGAAAAUAAGGAGAUGGAAGGUGAUGGAACCAGAAGUCCCAACACUCUUGAAAAUACAUUGAGGAGAGUGUUAUUACGAAACCGUGAUCAGACUAGAGUGGUCAUGAUACUUGGUCCAGCUGGAGUGGGAAAGACAACCACUAUGCAGAAGAUGUUACUUGACUGGGCAGGGAGGAAAGUGCUCGAAGAGUUUGAUUUUAUUUUCCCAUUUGCUUUCAGGGAUCUAAUUCUGUUAGAGCAGGAGAUGUCUCUGGAAGAUUUCAUACUAAUGCAACAUGGUCACUUUACCUCUGAGUCACUGGCUGUGAUUUUACAAAGUCCCCAGUCUCUGCUGUUUAUGUUUGAUGGCCUGGAACAAUACCAGUACAGACUGCAAUCCACUUCUGAUUCUGCUCUGUGCACAAAACCAAACCAGCCUGUUCCUGUCCCUGUGCUAUUUACCAGCCUGGUAAAAGGGGGAUUACUGAAGGGAGCUUCCAUACUAAUAACAGCUAGAUCCACAGCUAGUCUCAGUUUUUUAUCUGACAUUGAGUAUAAUCAUGUGCAGAUCUUGGGAUUCUCUCCUCCUCAGAGAAAAGCCUAUUUUGACCAGGUGUUCACUGACCCUAAAAAUGCUGAAAAGGCAUUUCAGUAUGUGGAGCAGAAGAUGGGCUUUUAUGAUCUUUGUGGUCACCCCAUUUUUUGUUGGAUCAUGUGCUUCUUGCUUAAGGAAAGAUUGGAAACUGGAGAUGAUCUUCCCGAAACACUGACCCAGGUUUAUGUCCAGACUUCUGCCAGCAUAUUUCGUGCUCACGACUUGGAGGAAGGCAGAGCCAGAGACCUGGUGUUAGGCCUCGGCAAAAUGGCCACCCACAGCCUCAGCAACAGCCAGCUCCUUUCCCAGAAGGACUUAGCUGACUCUGGACUUCAACAAUUCUUAAUGUCUCCCCUCCUGUCUGCUUUCUUGUUUUUGCAUGGGGAUCCUGCAUCAGACAACUGCAUGUUCUCAUUCAUAUCGCCUAUAGUGCAGGAAUUUUUUAUUGCUCUGUUGUAUUACUUGGACAUUACUUGGUCAGGAGGGGAGAGUGUAGAGGAGUUGCUGGGUAAACUCGAGGGGAGCGUGAAGUUCCUAGACGUUUUUCUGUCUGGCCUUUCUGAUGCUGAGCAAAGGAAACCUUUGGAAGGAAUUGUUGGGGAGUUCAGCAAAGAUCGCAUAGAAGGUCUGAGAGAAUGGCUUAAAAACACCACUGUGCAAUCACUGCAGUUUCUCUCCUACAAGAGACCACUGAGUUAUUACCGACUGCUUCAUCAAAGUCAAAACCCAGCACUGGUAAAGGAAAUCAGUGAUUCUCUGGCAGCGGGACUCGGCAGAUAUUACUCUGAGUUGUCUGCCUGGGACUCUGCUGCCUUGAAUUAUGUUGUCGUGUGCUGUGGGGGACGAGACGAAUUGCAUCUACACAGCAGCGUCAGUUUAACAGGGGAGAUGACUCUGCACUUGAUACCUGCAUUUCGAUUAUCACGCAAGCUGAUACUGUUCCAAUGUACCCUGAGUACUGCCUCCUAUGUCCACCUGGCUUCAGUCAUUCGUGAAGGAAGAACUGUAGAGCUGGACCUCUCCUAUAACAGAGCAAUGGGGGACUCAGGAGCCAAAGCACUGUUUGGGGGCCUCAGAGACUGCAGCCUCCAGAUACUCAGAUUGCCAGUUUGUGGGCUGCGUGCAGCCUGUUGUGAGGACCUAGCCUCAGUCCUGGCUCAGCCCGCAACGCAGUUGCAUGUGCUGGACUUGAGGUCUAAUGAGCUACAGGACGAGGGACUCAUCCAGUUGUGCGGAGGACUUAGGAGUCCACACUGUAAACUGCAGGAGCUCAGAUUGCAAGACAGUGGUCUCACUCAUUUGUCCAUGGAAGUCCUUUCCCAAGCUAUCAGUGAUGAGAGCUCCACUUUGGCAACUCUUGUCUUGGAUGGUAAUGAAGUAUCCGACUUGGGCAUGGACUGGCUGACACGUGUGUUGAGGAGUUCCAAGACCAGCCUGCAGCAUUUGUCGGCCUUUGACUGUAAUCUGACCGACGCAUGCUGUGAGGGACUGGCUGUUGCACUGCUAUCUGAAGGUUGCUCACUCACUGAGUUGAACCUAUCGCUGAAUGACCUUGGGGACUCUGGAGUACUUCAGCUGUGCGAACCCCUAAAAUUCCAAGGGUGCUCCCUGGAAAAACUCCGGUUGGUAAAUUGUCAGUUGAGUGAGGUGUCCUUCAGGGAGCUUGGCGGAGUUUUGCGUAGCGGGAACUCCAGGCUAACAGCGUUGGAUGUGGGUCUGAACAAGGUGGGAAAUACUGGGGCUAAGUACCUAUGGCAGGCCCUGGCAGACAACCACUGCCAGCUAGAGCACCUUGACAUGGAGAUGAUUAACCUGACAGAUGGCUCUCUGGAGGACAUUUCUGCUGCCCUCAAAGCAAACACCUCACUGAAGACGCUAGUUCUAAAGAACAACAUCUUGACUGAUGCUUCAGUUCCAUCUCUUGUCCAGCUGAUUAACGAGAGUAGGACCAUCCAGAAGAUAAAUCUCCAGUACAAUGACUUCUCUGAAGAUGUCUUUGAAAUCUUUGAGACCUGCGGAAGAGUCAAAUAUUGAGAGGAAGAUAAAUACUUAACAAAACGUUAACAAAGGUUAACAAAACGAGCCUGGAAAAAGCUGUCAUAAGAUUUCAGGUUUGCUUAAAAGAAUGUCUCUGCAUUUCUUUUGCUUGCAGUUUUAUUGCUCUCAUUUCACAUUGAUUGGGCACUUAAAAUAAUAAACAUCUCACAUUGUACAAUAAUCAGUGAAACUUUGACCCUUAUCAAAGCUGCUUUAAUCACAGGGUCAUUUUGUAUUCUGUAUGGGAAAACUUAUACCGAAAAAAAUAAAAUGUUCAGAAACUGUUCUAA